AUUAUUGUUUUGAUUAAAUGAUAACUGAGACGUAUGUUGUACACGUAACAUCAUGUACAUAAAUUUUAAAAAUGCAAAUAAAUAAUUAAAAAAACAAUAUUUUAAAACUAAAAAAUAAAAAUUAAAUAAACAAGUAAGUUAACAAGUAAAAGAAAAAUAAUAAAAAUAUAAACAACAAGUGUUCAAAAGUGACAGUAUGUGGAUCCAUAAUUUAUAAAUAAAAAAAAAAAAAAAAUAAUAAGAGUCCAACUAUAACAAGGUCGAUUGAUUCUUUGGACAGUCAUCAAGAUUAACUUGGAUUAAUUGUAGCAAAAUAAUGAGUCGCAUUAUCACAAAGGAUUUAAUGAGCAACAAUUAUUUUAUUUAAAAAUAAUAAUUUUAAAAAAAUAUACAAUCAUGCCCAAGUAACCUAUCAAGUCAUUUUUAUUAUUUUAAAUAAUUAAUAAUUAAUAUAUAAAUAAACAAAUAAAAUGUUUCGAAGCAGAAGUUGGUUUGGUGGUGGGUUAUGGAAGCCAAAAAAUCCACAUUCACUGGAGCAGUUGAAAUAUCUUUAUAAUGUUUUAUCGAAAAAUCAAAAUGUAUCUGAUAAUAACAGAGGUUUAUUAGUCGAAACAUUAAGAUCAAUUGCUGAGAUUUUAAUUUGGGGUGAUCAAAAUGACAGCAGUGUUUUUGAUUUUUUUUUGGAAAAAAAUAUGCUGUCAUUUUUUUUAAGAAUUAUGAAACAAAAAUGUGGAAGUUAUGUUUGUGUUCAAUUGCUUCAAACACUCAAUAUAUUAUUCGAAAAUAUUAGAAAUGAAACAUCACUGUAUUAUCUACUGAGUAACAAUCAUGUCAACAGUAUAAUUGUUCACAAAUUUGAUUUUAGUGAUGAAGAAGUUAUGGCAUAUUAUAUUAGUUUUUUAAAAACAUUAAGUUUAAAAUUAAAUGCACAUACAAUUCACUUUUUCUAUAACGAGGUAAACAAGCAUACAAAUGAUUUUCCUCUCUACACUGAAGCUAUAAAAUUUUUUAAUCAUUCUGAAGGAAUGGUAAGAAUAGCAGUUAGAACAUUGACUUUGAACGUUUAUAAAGUUGAAGAUGUAUCAAUGCUUGCAUUUAUUAGAGAUAAAACAGCAGCACCAUAUUUUAGUAAUUUAGUAUGGUUUAUUGGUAAUCAUAUACUUGAAUUAGAUACAUGUGUACGUAAUGAUGCUGAUCAUCAAAGUCAAAAUAGACUAUCUGAUUUAGUUGCUGAACAUCUUGAUCAUUUGCAUUAUUUAAAUGAUAUUUUAUGUUUAAAUAUUGAUGAUUUAAAUCAAGUAUUAUCUGAACAUUUAUUACACAAAUUACUUGUACCACUUUAUGUAUAUUCAUUAACAAAAUCAACAAAUCAAAUAAGCCAAACAAAUGAUGAAAGAAAACAUGUUAGUGUUGUAUUAUCAUUAUUUUUAUUAUCACAAGUAUUUUUAAUUUUAUCACAUGUACCACUUGUACGUACACUUGCUACAAUAAUAUUAAAAUCUGAUAUUAAAUUAAUUGAAAAUGGUGCUAAUAAAAUACUUGAAAAAUAUAAUCAAAUUGGAUUUUUACCACCAAAAGAAAGUUUAGAAAAAUCAUUAGAAAUUUUAAGUGUUAAUUGUGAAAUAAAAAAUACAUUAACAACUGAUGAAUUACAAUUACCAUCAACAUCAAUACAAGGACAAGAUAAUUUACAAUUAUCAAAUACACCAAGUGAUGAUUUAUCAACAACAUCAUCUGACAAUGAGAUUGAUUAUAAUAAUAAAAUUGUUAUUAAACAAUUAAAUGUAACUGAUGAAGAAAAAGAAAAAAGAUUAGCACUUGAAAUACCAAUAAUUAAUAAAAAUCAUGAAAAAGAUGAUGAAGAAGAAGAAGAAGAAGAUGAUAAAGUUGAUGAUAAAGAUGAUGAUAAAAAUAAUGAUGACAAUAUAACAACAAUAAAUAAUCAUCCAUUUCUUGAUACAAUAUUAAAUUCAUUAAAUUGUUAUGAAAAUGAUUAUGCAACUCUAUUUUCAUUAUGUUUAUUAUAUGCAUUAACAAGUAACACAAGUAUUGAUACAAAUACACUUGACUGUUUAUUAAAACAUAAUAAUAAUGAUAAUUAUUAUCAUGAUAAACUUGUUGAAAAAUUAAUAAAUAUAAUAUCAUCAAGUUGUAGUAAUAAUUCAAAAAUACGUCUUGUAACACUUGAAAUGAGUUUAAAGCUAUUAAUUAAAAUAAUAAUAUGUGAUAAUAAAAGUAUAUUAUGUGAUGAACAUUAUGCUGCAAUUGAAGGUGCUAAAGAACAAAGUACAGCAUUAUUAAGAAAUUUUUAUAAAAGUGAAGAUAUAUUUCUUGAUAUGUUUGAGGAUGAAUAUAUUGAAUCAAAAAAAAAACCAUUAAAUGUUGAAUGGUUAAUGAUGGAUAGUAAUAUAUUAUUACCACCAACUGGUACACCAAUGACUGGUAUUGAAUUUAGUAAACGUUUACCAUGUGGUGAAGUUGAAAGAGCAAGACGUGCUAUUCGAGUAUUUUUUUUAAUACGUGAAUUAUCAUUAAUACUUAGUAAUGAUAAUGAAACACAAUUACCAUUAACAAAACCAAUUAAUUGUGUACAAAUUAAUAAUGUACUUGAUUUAAAUAAUAGUGAUUUAAUAGCAUGUACUGUAUUAUGGAAAGAUGGACAAAAAUUACGUAGAUUUUUAGUUAUUGAUGUUAUACAAUUGAUACUUGUUGAGCCAGAUACAAGAAAACUUGGUUGGGGUGUUGCUAAAUUAGUUGGUUUUUUACAAGAUAUUGAAGUUGCUGGUGAUAAAGAUGAUUCAAGAUGUUUACAUUUAACUAUUCAUAAACCAUUGAGUUGUAGUGCAACAAAUAGACUGCCAUUAUUAUCUGCUAAAUUUAUAUUUGAUGAUCAUAUUAGAUGUAUGGCUGCAAAACAAAGAUUAACCAAAGGACGAAUUAAAGCAAGACAAAAAAAAAUGAGUCAAAUUGCACGACUUCUUGAUAUUCCAACAAAUCUUCCAAGUUGUUCAACACCGCCAAAUUAUGCUCUUCUAGGUCUUCGUUCUGAACGAACAGCUGGAAGAGGUACCCGAUUAAAAGAUCAACAACGUUCAAUGUUUACUGUUAAUAAAGUACCUGGUUUUGCAGCACAAAUGAGAAGAGACGGUCAAGUUAAAACAAAUAAACGUAUUGUUGAUGCAAAUUCACCUAGUCCAAGAAGUCAAGAAAAUAUAACAAGAUCACGUGAUAAUUCACCUAAAAAUCCUAGACCAAGAAGUGAAGAAAUACCACUUGAAGAUAUGAAAAUACGUAAAUCUUCAUUAGGAUUAAAUAGUACAGCAUCAUCUUCACAACAAUCUGUUGCAUCUGAUGUACCAGAUGAUAGCUCAUCAACUCGAAAUAUUACAAUUAAUAAUGAAUCUUCCAUUGUGCUCAAAAAAAAAUCAGAAGAAACUUCAUUCACAUCACCUCAAACAUCAACACAAAUUAUUUCAAAACCUCGACGAAAAGGACAAGUUGAAACAGUUUAAAAAUAAAUGGAAAAUAAUAAUUUUAAAUUAAUAUAAAAGAUUAUAAAAAAUUAUAAAAGAAAUAAAUUAACAAAUAAAUUAAAU